UCAAACCAUUAAAUAAGAUAUGGAUUUGAGUGAAGUUGAGAAGAAUGAAGAAAAUUGUGAAAGUGAGGAUCAAGAUGAAAUUAUAUUCAGAAGUCUUGAUAUGGAAAUGAUUAAGAAGAAUUUGAAAGCAGCUCAUGUGAAAGUUCACAUUGAUAAUUUGAUUCCACCAAAAGAUGGACACUCCAUAAGAGCUAUUAGUGACAAACAUGUCCAAGAUCUUGUGAAAUCAUUUCAAAAAUCAUUCCAGCCAUACACGGUCCUCAUAGGAUUAGCCUCCACAAAAGCGGACAUCUCUAAAAUGUCGAUUCCAAACCAUGAGUCUGUGGAGAUUUUGGGAGGAAACCAUACAGUUGCUGCUUUAAAGCAAUUGGCAGGGGAAAAUAGUGAGGUUUACAAAUAUGUGUACAUGGACAUUUACACAAAUCUCACUGAAGCUCAGGCUCUUUCCUUAUCCUAUAAGCACAAUGAACUACAUGAAAACUCCCAGGAAUUGUCUUUCUCUGAGAAAGUUAUCUUCUUCCAUACAAGCUUUUUAAAAAACAAGGAAAAGCAUGCAGGAAAGCCACAGAAACACAUUUCUACGAGAUGGAGGUCUGAGAUAGGGGCAAUCCUCAAUAAAUCUAAAGUGGAGUUGAAGAAUUCUUACAAAGUUCACUUUAGCCUUGCGGCUUAUGAUGAUGACGUCUGGAAUCCAAUCACUGAUGUUUUUGAUGCAUUUGAAAAUUAUAAAAUAAAGGGGCAGAAAAAAUCGGAAAAAUGUACCCAAUACUGUUUUGCCAACUUUACAAAAGUCAAAGAUAAUAGCGAAAAAAUUACGCUCUUGAAAAAACUCUCCACUGGAAAAAUCACCCCGGAAGAAUUUAGGAGCUCAUGCCUAAGUGGUGGAAAGAUCAAUGAAAAAACAACUGUCAGUCAGGCUACAAAAAGGAAAUCUCAGCAAAACAGUGGAAGUGAGCCUGUUGAAGUAGCUGAUGAAGUUCCUGUGUACAAUCCAAGGACUGAAACAAAUGAAGGUAAUAAAGAUAACUUGAAAGAAGAAAUGAAAGAUCUCAGAAAACAGCUCAGAGAUUCAAAGAGAGAUCUUGAGAAUUUGAAACAGGAGAAUCAGCACCUCACUAAGCAAUUGCAAGAUAGUGAAAAAGAUAAACAAUUGAAAGACACGCAGCUGGAAACUAAAGAAAAGCAAAUAGAACAACUGAAGAAAACAAUGGUCGAAUAUGUUGGUAUAAUGAAGAGGAUGAAGGCCUUGGACAACAAAUCAAAGGUGGGAUUGUCAUUGUUAAUCAGAAGUAUUUCUGAUGUUAUAGCUGAAAGUGGAUUAACCAUUGCUACUAAAAUAGAUGAUUUACAAAAAUCACUUAAAGAGGAAAAGGACAGAUGUCAGCUAGCAGAAGAAGCUGCAGCACGUGCUAGAGCAACAGAGAAGGCUCCAGUUGCCGAACAUUCCAUUAAAAGAAAAAAUGACACUUCACAGGUAAUCAUAGCAGAAGAGAAAGAAGUAGUGCUGGUAGAAUAUACCAAGGGCAAGAUUUACUUUGCCAUUAAGGAUAAAGAUUUUCUAACAUACUGUCAAAGACCAGUGGGGGUGAUACGGGAUGGACACUUCACACAUGCACCACAGAAACUCUCAUUUACAGUGAAUGAAAAAGAUAAACAAACAUUUGAUAAAAAAUACAUUAUCUGUUCCAUGAAAGGUAGUCUUGGUGGAAAAUGUAUAAAAGCUGACCAGUUAUCGAUAAGCAUUGAAAAUCAAAUCCUUGCAAUUCAAAAGUAUAUCGAUUAA